AUGGAACCCGAGAAGGUCACCAACACGGCGGAGAUCUCCAAUGAGGAGGUGCACGACUACAUCGUCAAGGAGCAAGAGAAGAAGCCGCUCAGGAAACGCCUUCUGUGGUACGUGUGGGACUCCUUCGGGAAAGAUCCUGAGACGCGCGCAUUUGUCAAUCGGCUGGAUGCUUUCCUGCUGCUCUACUCCAUGUACGCGUACUUUGUGAAGUAUCUCGACCAGAGCAACGUGAGCAAUGCAUACGUGAGCGGCAUGCAGGAAGAUCUGCAUAUGGUCGGUCAAGAUCGGAACUACAUGAAUCUGAUGUUCAAUAUGGGAUACAUGACUGGGUCGACCAUAGCUGUGCUCACCAUGACACGCGUCCGACCCUCGAUCUAUCUUGCUGCGUGCGAGAGUAUCUGGACAAUCUGCACCUUUGGGCUCGCCGGGGCUAAGAAUGUUGAAACUAUCUAUGGGCUACGUUUCGUGGCCGGCCUUGCUGAGGCGUCCGCCUUUCCAGGACUUGCUUGGGUCAUUGGCAGCUGGUACUCGCCAGACGAGCUCUGUAAGCGGAUGACUAUCUUCGAGAUGUCCGCAUGCAUUGGCACCAUGUGCAGCGGCUACCUCCAAGGGGCGGUGUAUAACAAUUUGAAUGGGCAUGCCGGUUUGAAGGGGUGGCAAUGGCUCUUCAUCGUGGACGGCAUCAUGAGCGUGCCAAUGUGCUUCCUAUGCUAUUACUGCGUACCUGACGCGCCGAGCAACACACGCGCCCGCUGGCUGAAGCCGAAACAUCGUGAGUUCGCUCUCAAGCGAUCCAAAGCCUUUGGCAGAGCCGAACCAAGACGGUUUACCCCGAAGAGACUCCUUGGGGUCAUUCUCUCCUGGCAAUUCUGGUGUUACGGCCUGAACUACAUGAUGUUCAGCUUUGGCUUCAAUGCCGUCUCAUACAUGAACCUGUGGUUGAAAUCCCUAGGACGCUUCUCCGUCGCCCAGAUCAACGACAUUCCGACGGCCGGCAGCGCCUGGCUCCUAGUUUCCGCUUAUAUCUAUGCCGUCAUCUCUGACGCGACAGGAAAGCGCGCCCCACUGUUGAUCCUGGCCGCUGUCGUGGGCCUCGUCGGCAUGAUCCUGCUCUCCAUUUGGGACCUUCCAUUUGGGGUUUUGGUGUUCGCCUUCCUCUUACCCUUCGGUGCGGACGGAGGCACUAGUCUGUCCUCGACCUGGGUGCACGAGUGCUGCCAGCAGGACCACGAGCAGAGAGGCAUGAUGAUCGGCCUGUGGAAUACCAUCUGUUACGGCUUCACGGCAUGGAUGCCGCUGUAUCUGUUCCCGACCCCGGAUGCGCCGCAUUACAAGUUUGGCUACCAGGUGCAGGCCGGAUUCUACGGCUUCAGCAUUCUGAUCACGUUGACAUGGGUGUACAUGUACAGGAGGGACGAGAGGCUGGGCAAGUACACCACCAAUGCACUGGGCUUGCCGGUUGCCCCAGAGGAGAUGGAUGGAUUGACGCCCAGGACACCGAGCAGUCAAGCUAGUAAAGAAUACAGUUCAGGCAAGAUGGGUGAAGCCGAAGAGGUCAGGGAGGUGCGUGAACUGUAA